CCACAAACCACACUGAACAACCAAACAUCAAAACACUAUCAUACUAUUUUCAAAACAUUGCAAAAACCAAACAAUAUGCAUUCCUCCCUCCGCGCCGUCUUCUUUGGGAUUUUGGGCAUCUCGACAUCUGCCUACGCCGAGCAUCUCCGAGUCGUCUGGUCAUCCGGCGUCUUCGGUGCCAUUGGAGGCCCCGGCGGAUCCGGCACCAACGGCGGCUACACCGGCUUCGCUAUUCUCAACGGCGCCGGUGAGGCUGUCUACGAUCAGUCCUACCCCAAUGACCACUCUCCCUGUUACAACACCGGUGACGGCCGCACGUUCACCAUCGAAGGCGACUGCUGGAAUACCGGACGAGUCUUUCACUGCAAGUCGGACUUUGGUGGCGCUCCCAAGACAUGCGAAGUCAAGGACAGCAACGGCAACGUUCUUGGCAGCGGAACACAGCAGAAGGAUACUCAAUUCAUUGGUAUUGCUAUUGGUAUCGACGCUACUUGCGUGGUUGAGUUCGACUCUGACGGAUCUGGCUGCCCUGUCGAUGACGGUCACGGUCCACUUCAUGUUACCUCGGGCUAAGGUUUGGCCCGACUGGCUGAUCAAAGCUGCAUACAAUCAGUACACGGUAGUCUGUUGUGUACAGAAAAUAGGGAGAUUGAAAGAAUAGCAGCUGCGAAGCCCCUU